AUGCUAUCUGUGGCUAAGGAACUCCAAUCAAAGAAUGAGUUAAUUGCACCAGCAGUUGCUAAUCUGUCACUUGCAGCCAAAAAAUCCCUUCAAGGAACAUGCAAGGAGUCUUUCCAGUCCGUAAUUGAUAUGCUUCAGGAGGGACAAGUAGCUCUUGCAGCUGGUGACAUUGCCACAUUGCAAACUAAAUUAAGCGCGGCUUUAGAUACCGAGUGUGAUGAUGAACUUUCUAACUUUGGUGCUACGUUCCCUCUAGCCAAUCUGUCUAAGCAUCUUACAAAGAAAGUGUGUGUCUGCCUGGCUAUAACGGCACAAAAUGUGGUUGCAUAA